AUGGCGUUGAGCCACUCUGUGAAGGAGCGAACCAUCUCUGAGAACAGCCUGAUCAUCCUGCUGCAGGGCCUCCAGGGCCAGGUAACCACCGUGGACCUGCGGGACGAGAGCGUUGCCCGCGGACGCAUAGACAACGUCGAUGCAUUCAUGAACAUCCGCCUAGCCAAUGUGACUUACACGGACCGUUGGGGUCAUCAGGUUGAGCUGGAUGACCUAUUUGUUACAGGCCGUAACGUCCGCUACGUCCACAUUCCCGAUGACGUGAACAUCACCGCCACCAUCGAGCAGCAGCUGCAGAUCAUCCAUCGGGUGCGCAACUUUGGUGGCCAGGGCAGGCAGGAAUUUCCCUCCAAAAACUAUAAGUGAGGCUGCUCCCUCAGCACGUCCCACCCCCGACUCAGGUUCCGACUGAGUUCUACUGAGCCAACUCCCUGCCAUUCCUCCCUGCCCUGAGCCUGAGGAGGGAGCAGGGCCAGCCCAGAGACCGGUGUUGGACAGACACCUCCUGUCACAGCUGCCUUUCACAGAGUUCUACCUCCCAGACUCACCCUGGAACCCAGAAUCUAAUUUAUCUCUUUGUGGCCUUGGGAUAAGUGACAAGCCCCUCUUUUGAUCGUUUGCAUCUGAAUUCCUGAUUUACUGAUUUAGGUAGUCUGUCGAAUAGUUUUCAUUUCAACCUCUGCCAUGAGGAUUAUUAAAUAUACUCAGCCUGAGCCACCCAUAACUGUCCCCUUUUCUCUUGCAGUUGUGUUCAUAUUCUCAUAAGACCAAACUUGGAUACAAAUAAGUCCAUGACUCAUGCUUUCCCUGCUGAGUGUGGGGCUCCCUGCCUUUCCUGUGCAGUAGGACACUGGCUUUCAAACUGAGAUGCGCAUGGCAUCACCUGGGGAGCUUUAAAAGAAACUGAGGCUUGGGUCCCACCCUCUGAUUUUUUGAUUUAGUUGGCUGGGGCAUUGGGAUGUUUUUAAAGUUCCCCCAGGUGAUUCUAAUAUGCAGCAAAGUUUGAGAACUGUUGUAGGAGAGUACCUCAGUCUGGUCAGGUGGGAAGUGGCUGUUCGCUUCAGACCCCCUGUGGAGGAGGCUUUUGGUCUCAUUUCUGUUUCCUGAGGUGGAGAGAGUGAAGUAUCCUAAACCCUCACCUCAGAUGUGGGGGCUCAGCCAACAGCAAGAAAUUAGUCUCAGAUUCUGAAGAGUCCUUGGUUCCUCGAGGAAGAGGGAGGGGGUUGUGGGGAUAAGAACCCAAGUCUCUGUUGUAGCUAUCUUGUAGACAUUUCUGUGGAGUUAUACUCUGACACACAUGAGGUCACAUGAGUCGGAGUUGACUCUUCAGCGACUAGUUGAUUAGGUUAGUUAAGCCCUGUUUACCCAAAUGCGGCACACAGCUGUUUCUUCCUGAGGGUCUUGUUACCUCCCUGGCGCUCCACCCAGGAAAAGGAGCACGGUUCCUCCUGCUCUCAGAUCCCCUAGACCUAGCUGAUGAUGUCAGCUAGGAGCCUGAAGAGAAGUUCCUCCAUUGUCAGAGACGCCGCCAAGUCUCAGUCGCCCAGAUCCAGUGAUACACAGUUUUCUAAAUUUGUAUCUCUGCACAGGGAUUCUUUCCAUUCCUCCCUGAAGGCUAGGCUUUUGGAAUUCAGACGCUAAAAAUUGACUCAGUUGUGUUGUGUCAUUCCUUUCCUGAAGGCAGGAAAGCAGAAUAGACUGCAUAAGGAAAGGGCAGAGGGACACCAAAGAAAAGAUGAAAGACAUUAUUUCAACAUGUUAUGCCCCCACUGGAGUUUGGAUUUUGUGCCACUCAUUGCCAUGGCCUUUGUUCAAGCACACACAUAUCCCCCUUCCUGCGGCUUCAGCCAGUGUGUGGGUCACAGGAAUUCUGAGUGCUCAGGUGGCGUGGAGGAGUUACCCCCACCUCCCCAUAUACCGCCUUGCCUGGAGAGAGACUACAGGGGUCUCACCUGGGGGAGGGAACUACCACAGCUCCGAUGAAGUCCCAGUGGGUCUGCAGCUUGAAGUUCAGAUUUCUCCAGAGGCAUACAAGGGAACCAGCCACUCCAGCUGUCAGCCUGGAAGAGCUGGAU